UUGCCUUGCUCUCUCUAUUAUCUCGAAUUUCAGAGUAUUACCAGUGUGUGGAAUGAGACAAAAUCGACGAAUGAGGCCACAUCGUCUGAGGAACUCUUUUACACAGCGAUUGGUGCUCUUGCCGAUGUUACCUCGGCCGAACUGGAGUAUUUGCACAAAUUUGCUGAAUGCACAUUAGUGCGAACGCACAAACCUACGGCUGAUUUCGAACGACUAACUUCCAUUGUGGCCACAAUGUUCCGAGCCGUUAUGAAACUUACCGAUGCGCUCUGCUCCGAAUACUCUCGUGUAAUCAAAUCGGUGCAUAAAACAAACGGAGACAUAAAACCGGCAAAAUCGGCUAGUCAGCUUGUGGGAAGUCUGCUCCUGGAAUGUGGAAACGCGCAAAAUUACAUACGGAAUGCCGCCCGCCUACUCAUACCCGUCCUUCAAUUGGCUUGUGUCAAUACCAAACGUGCGGCUGCGGAAGCUGAGUGA